AAAAAAAAAAAAAAAAAACUCUUCACCAUCUUUUCACUCUCUGUAUUAGAAAAACAGUAAAAGAGAAAAGAUGGAUUGUUUGCUUUGCUCCCCAAUUUUAUAUGUUUUUCUUAUUUUUAUGUUGUAUUUAGUUAGAGUUUUGUUAAAUCGGAGUCUUUCCUUUCCACCAGGUCCAAAAGGAUUUCCAGUGAUAGGAAACUUUAAACUUAAAAAUCAGUUGAAUCAUCGUGGUUUGGCCGAGUUAGCUAAACAAUUUGGUGGUCUUCUACAUCUUCAAAUGGGUAAAAUUCAUAUUGUAGCCGUUUCUACCGCUGACAUGGCACGAGAAAUUCUUCAGGUUCAAGAUGUGGUUUUUGCAAAUCGGCCAGCUAACGUGGCGAUUUCAUAUCUUACAUACAACCGGGCGGAUAUGGCGUUUGCUAACUACGGUCCACUUUGGCGUCAAAUGAGAAAGAUUUGCGUUAUGAAGCUCUUUAGCAGAAAGCGGGCCGAAUCAUGGGCCUCAGUACGAGAAGAAAUUGAUUCAAUGGUUCAAACACUGACCAACCAAACCGGUUCACUGGUUAACGUGGGAGAGUUGGUUUUUGCUUUGACGCGGAACAUAACCUACAGAGCUGCGUUUGGCUCGUUCGCUCGCGACGGUCAAGACGAAUUCGUCAAGAUACUACAAGAGUUCUCUAAGCUCUUUGGUGCAUUUGAUAUCACAGAGUUUUUACCGUGGAUGAAAUGGUUUGGUAACCACGGUUUCAACAAGCGGUUAGAAAACGCUAGAAAAUCAUUGGAUGGGUUCAUAGAUAGAAUCCUCGAUGCACAUAUCGAAAAGAAGAAAUCGCGAAAACCAGACGAUGAUGGCUUGGACGAUGACAUGGUCGAUGAACUAAUGGCGUUUUAUAACGGUGAAAAUGGCAGUAAAUCUAAUAAUGAUUCACAGUCAUCACUCAGUCUCACAAGAGAUAACAUCAAAGCCCUGGUCAUGGAUGUGAUGUUUGGUGGGACUGAAACGGUGGCGUCUGCGAUUGAAUGGGCAAUGACGGAGCUAAUGAAGAAUCCUCACGAACUGAGGAAAUUGCAGCAAGAACUCGCUGAGGUCAUCAGUUUGAAUCGUCAAUUUCACGAAUCUGAUCUCGAGAAUCUACCUUACUUCAGAUGCGCAAUGAAAGAAACGUUGAGGCUACACCCGCCGAUUCCGCUUCUGCUCCAUGAGGCGGCGGCGGAUUCCGUCGUCUCCGGCUACUCGAUUCCCCGUGGUUCUCGGGUCAUGAUCAAUGUGUAUGCAAUUGGGCGUGACAGAUCGGUUUGGACUGAACCAGAUGCGUUUAAACCGGGUCGGUUUAUGGAUAACAAGGCUCCGGAUUUCAAGGGUAGUGAUUUCGAGUUUCUACCGUUUGGGUCGGGUCGAAGAUCGUGCCCGGGUAUGCAAUUAGGGCUUUAUGCUAUGGAACUCGCCGUCGCGCACAUGCUUCAUUCUUUUGAUUGGGACUUGCCGGGCGGAGUUAGCUCUGGCGAUUUGGAUAUGACUGACAUGUUUGGUCUCACGGCGCCUAGAGCCACCAGACUCAUCGCCGUUCCGACCUACCGGCUAAAGUGUCCGAUGUUUUGAAAUGGUGUUGUGUAGCACAGCUUUAUACCAGCUGUUUAAUUUUACUUCCAAUGCAAGAAACUAAUAAUAAUUAUCAUACUUCAAGAACUA